CUUCUCGCCGAGGCCGCCUCGCCCGCCGCGCGCGCCCGUCCGGCCGCGCACGGGUUAAGGCUGGCACCGCGCCCGGCGGGAGGGGGGGCGCCCACCUCCCCUCCCCCCCGCGCCGGGCAUGCGGGGCCCGCUGGGCACCGAGGAGGAGCUGCCGCGGCUGUUCGCGGACGAGAUGGAGAACGAGGACGAGAUGUCAGAAGAAGAAGAUGGGGGCCUCGGAGGCUUUGAUGACUAUUUCCCUGAGGAGCCCGUGGGCCUUCCCAAGAAGAAGAAAUCCAAGAAGCUCAAGGAGAACCGGUCCAAAGGGAAGCGGAAGAAGAAAGAGGGGAGCAAUGACGAGCUGUCGGAAAAUGAGGAGGAUCUGGAAGAGAAGUCGGAGAGUGAGGGCAGUGACUACUCCCCUAAUAAAAAGAAGAAGAAAAAACUCAAGGACAAGAAGGAGAAAAAAGCCAAGCGCAAAAGGAAGGAUGAUGACGACGAUGAUAAUGAUGACGGCUGUCUGAAGGAGCCCAAGUCCUCGGGGCAGCUGAUGGCUGAGUGGGGCCUGGAUGAUGUGGAGUACCUGUUCUCGGAGGCGGACUACCACACGCUGACCAACUACAAGGCCUUCAGCCAGUUCCUCAGGCCGCUCAUUGCCAAGAAGAACCCGAAGAUCCCCAUGUCCAAAAUGAUGACCGUUCUGGGAGCCAAGUGGCGGGAGUUCAGCGCCAACAACCCUUUCAAGGGGAGCUCGGCAGCGGCAGCUGCAGCGGCGGUGGCCGCGGCCGUGGAGACCGUCACCAUCGCCCCUCCACUGGCUGUCAGCCCCCAGCAGGCACCCCAGCCUGUACCUAUCCGCAAGGCCAAGACCAAGGAGGGCAAGGGGCCAGGAGUGAGGAAGAAGAUCAAAGGGUCCAAGGAUGCAAAGAAAAAGGGCAAGGGGAGAAAGGUAGCCGGGCUCAAGUUCCGCUUUGGAGGGAUCAGCAACAAGAGGAAGAAAGGCUCCUCGAGCGAGGAAGAUGAGCGGGAGGAGUCGGACUUCGACAGCGCCAGCAUCCACAGCUCGUCCGUGCGCUCGGAGGGCUCCACAGCCCUGGGGAAGAAGAGCAAGCGGAGGCGCAAGAAGAGGAGGAGUAGGACUUCCUGGGUUGACGAUGGUGACGGCUACGAGACGGACCACCAGGACUACUGUGAGGUGUGCCAGCAGGGCGGGGAGAUCAUCCUGUGUGACACCUGCCCGCGGGCCUACCACCUCGUCUGCCUCGAUCCAGAGCUGGAGAAGGCUCCCGAGGGCAAGUGGAGCUGUCCCCACUGUGAGAAGGAGGGGAUCCAGUGGGAGCCAAAGGACGACGAAGACGACGAGGAGGAGGGCGGCUGCGAGGAGGAGGAGGACGACCACAUGGAGUUCUGCCGCGUGUGCAAGGACGGGGGCGAACUGCUCUGCUGCGACGCGUGCCCCUCCUCCUACCACCUGCACUGCCUCAACCCGCCGCUGCCCGAGAUCCCAAACGGUGAAUGGCUCUGCCCGCGCUGUACUUGCCCCCCGCUGAAGGGCAAAGUCCAGCGGAUCCUACACUGGAGGUGGACAGAGCCCCCCGCCCCCUUCAUGGUGGGGUUGCCGGGGCCCGACGUGGAGCCUGGUGUCCCCCCACCCAAGCCCCUGGAGGGCAUUCCAGAGAGAGAGUUCUUUGUCAAGUGGGCUGGGCUCUCCUACUGGCACUGCUCCUGGGUGAAGGAGCUUCAGCUGGAGCUAUACCACACAGUCAUGUAUCGCAACUACCAAAGAAAGAAUGACAUGGACGAGCCACCGCCCUUUGACUACGGCUCUGGCGAUGAGGAUGGCAAGAGCGAGAAAAGGAAGAACAAGGAUCCUCUCUACGCCAAGAUGGAGGAACGCUUCUACCGCUACGGCAUCAAGCCCGAGUGGAUGAUGAUCCACCGCAUCCUGAACCACAGCUUCGACAAGAAGGGGGAUGUGCACUACCUGAUCAAGUGGAAAGACCUGCCCUAUGACCAGUGCACCUGGGAGAUUGACGACAUCGACAUCCCCUACUAUGACAACCUGAAGCAGGCCUACUGGGGCCACAGGGAGCUGAUGCUGGGUGAAGAUGCUAGGCUGCCCAAGAGGCUGGUCAAGAAGGGCAAGAAGCUGAAGGAUGAUAAACAGGAGAAGCCACCAGACACACCCAUUGUGGAUCCCACGGUCAAGUUUGACAAGCAGCCUUGGUACAUCGACUCCACGGGCGGCACGCUGCACCCAUACCAGCUGGAGGGCCUCAACUGGCUGCGCUUCUCCUGGGCCCAGGGCACAGACACUAUCCUGGCUGACGAGAUGGGGCUGGGCAAGACCGUGCAGACCAUCGUCUUCCUCUACUCCCUGUACAAGGAGGGGCACUCCAAGGGGCCCUACCUGGUCAGCGCGCCCCUGUCCACCAUCAUCAACUGGGAGCGUGAGUUUGAGAUGUGGGCACCCGACUUCUAUGUGGUCACCUACACGGGGGACAAAGAGAGCCGCUCCGUGAUCCGGGAGAAUGAGUUUUCUUUUGAGGACAACGCCAUUCGGAGUGGGAAGAAGGUGUUCCGCAUGAAGAAAGAAGUGCAGAUCAAAUUUCAUGUCCUGCUCACCUCCUAUGAACUCAUCACCAUCGACCAGGCCAUCCUGGGCUCCAUCGAGUGGGCCUGCCUAGUGGUGGACGAGGCCCACCGGCUCAAGAACAACCAGUCCAAGUUCUUUAGGGUCUUGAACAGCUACAAGAUCGAUUACAAGCUGCUGCUGACGGGGACUCCGCUGCAGAACAACCUAGAGGAGCUGUUCCAUCUUCUCAACUUCCUGACUCCAGAGAGGUUCAACAAUCUGGAGGGCUUCCUGGAGGAGUUUGCCGAUAUCUCCAAGGAAGACCAGAUCAAGAAGCUACACGAUCUGCUGGGGCCACACAUGCUGAGGCGGCUCAAGGCUGAUGUAUUCAAGAACAUGCCGGCCAAGACCGAGCUGAUCGUUCGUGUGGAGCUGAGCCAGAUGCAGAAGAAGUACUACAAGUUCAUCCUCACACGGAACUUCGAGGCACUCAACUCCAAGGGGGGUGGGAACCAGGUGUCGCUGCUCAACAUCAUGAUGGAUCUGAAGAAGUGUUGCAACCACCCCUACCUCUUCCCUGUGGCUGCCGUGGAGGCCCCUGUCUUGCCCAAUGGCUCCUAUGAUGGCAGCUCCCUGGUCAAGUCUUCAGGCAAGCUCAUGCUUCUGCAGAAGAUGCUCAAGAAGCUGCGGGACGAAGGGCACCGUGUGCUCAUCUUCUCCCAGAUGACCAAGAUGCUGGACCUUCUGGAGGACUUCCUGGAGUAUGAGGGCUACAAGUAUGAGCGGAUUGAUGGUGGCAUCACUGGGGGCCUCCGACAAGAGGCGAUCGACAGAUUCAAUGCCCCUGGGGCGCAGCAGUUCUGCUUCCUUCUCUCGACCCGGGCGGGGGGCCUGGGCAUCAACCUGGCCACGGCAGACACCGUCAUCAUCUACGACUCGGACUGGAAUCCACACAAUGACAUCCAGGCCUUCAGCCGCGCCCACCGCAUUGGACAGAACAAGAAGGUGAUGAUCUACCGCUUCGUGACUCGGGCCUCGGUGGAGGAGCGCAUCACACAGGUGGCCAAGCGCAAGAUGAUGCUCACCCACCUGGUGGUGCGGCCCGGCCUCGGCUCCAAGUCCGGCUCCAUGACGAAGCAGGAGCUGGACGACAUCCUCAAGUUCGGCACAGAGGAGCUCUUCAAGGACGACGUGGAGGGCAUGAUGUCUCAGGGCCAGAGGCCGGUCACGCCCAUCCCUGAUGUCCAGUCCUCCAAAGGGGGAGCCCUAGCUGCCAGCGCCAAGAAGAAGCAUGGCAGCACCCCGCCAGGCGACAACAAGGACGUGGAGGACAGCAGUGUGAUCCACUAUGACGAUGCGGCCAUCUCCAAGCUGCUGGACCGAAACCAGGACGCCACGGACGACACGGAGCUGCAGAAUAUGAACGAGUACCUGAGCUCCUUCAAGGUGGCGCAGUAUGUGGUGCGCGAGGAGGACGGCGUGGAGGAGGUGGAGAGGGAGAUCAUCAAGCAGGAGGAGAACGUGGACCCCGACUACUGGGAGAAGCUGCUGCGGCACCACUACGAGCAGCAGCAGGAGGACCUGGCCCGCAAUCUGGGCAAGGGCAAGCGCAUCCGCAAGCAGGUCAACUACAACGACGCCUCCCAGGAGGACCAGGAGUGGCAGGACGAGCUCUCGGAUAACCAGUCCGAAUAUUCCAUCGGCUCCGAGGAUGAGGACGAGGACUUUGAGGAAAGGCCCGAAGGGCAGAGUGGACGGCGACAAUCCAGGAGGCAGCUGAAGAGUGACAGGGACAAGCCCCUGCCACCUCUCCUCGCCCGUGUGGGUGGCAAUAUCGAGGUGCUGGGCUUCAACGCCCGGCAGCGGAAGGCCUUUCUGAACGCCAUCAUGCGCUGGGGCAUGCCCCCCCAGGACGCCUUCAACUCCCACUGGCUGGUGCGGGACCUUCGAGGGAAGAGCGAGAAGGAAUUUAGAGCCUAUGUGUCCCUCUUCAUGCGGCACCUGUGUGAGCCGGGGGCUGACGGCGCGGAGACCUUCGCGGACGGCGUGCCCCGUGAGGGCCUCUCGAGGCAGCACGUGCUUACCCGCAUCGGGGUCAUGUCACUAGUUAGGAAGAAGGUUCAGGAGUUUGAGCACGUUAACGGGAAGUACAGCACCCCGGACUUGAUCCCCGAGGGGCCCGAGGGCAAGAAGCCAAGCGAGGUCAUCUCCUCGGACCCCAACACGCCAGUGCCCGCCAGCCCUGCCCACCUCCUGCCGACCCCACUGGGCCUGCCAGACAAAAUGGAAGCCCAGCUGGGCUACAUGGAUGAGAAGGAGCUGGGGGUUCAGAAGCCGAAGAAGCCCCCAGAAAUCCAGGCCCUGCCAACUUCCCUGGACAGGGUGGAGGGCGAGGACAAGCAUGAGAGCGCAGAUGGCAAGGAGCGGCUGGAGGAGACCGAGAAGGCCCCGCCAUCCCCAGAGCAGCUGCCGAAAGAAGAAGUGCUUCCUGAGAAGGAGAAAAUUCUGGACAAGCUGGAGCUAAGCUUGAUUCACAGCAGAGGGGAUGGCAGUGAUUUCAGGCCAGAUGACACCAAAGUGGAGGAGAAGGAGCCCCUUGACACACAGCAAAAUGGUGACAAAGAGGAAGAUGAGGAAGGGAAGAAGGAGGACAAGAAUGGGAAGUUCAAGUUCAUGUUCAACAUUGCAGACGGGGGCUUCACAGAGCUGCACACACUGUGGCAGAACGAGGAACGUGCUGCUGUGUCCUCGGGGAAAAUCUAUGACAUCUGGCACCGGCGCCAUGACUACUGGCUGCUGGCCGGCAUCGUGACGCAUGGCUACGCCCGCUGGCAGGACAUCCAGAAUGACCCAAGAUACAUGAUCCUCAACGAGCCCUUCAAGUCUGAGAUCCACAAGGGUAACUACUUGGAGAUGAAGAACAAGUUUCUGGCCCGCAGGUUCAAGCUGCUGGAACAGGCACUGGUCAUCGAGGAGCAGCUCCGGAGGGCCGCGUACCUUAACAUGACCCAGGACCCCAACCACCCCGCCAUGGCCCUCAACGCCCGCCUGGCUGAGGUGGAGUGCCUGGCCGAGAGCCACCAGCACCUGUCUAAGGAGUCCCUCGCCGGGAACAAGCCGGCCAAUGCCGUCCUGCACAAGGUCCUGAACCAGCUGGAGGAGCUGCUGAGUGACAUGAAGGCGGAUGUGACGCGCCUGCCCUCCAUGCUGUCCCGCAUCCCCCCGGUGGCUGCCCGUCUCCAGAUGUCGGAGCGCAGCAUCCUGAGCCGCCUGACCAACCGAGCCGGUGACCCCACCAUCCAGCAGAUAUCUAGCUGCCCCCGCGAUUUCCCUCUGUUGCAGUGCUCAUUUCCAGCUGAGGAGCCAUGCCAUCUUGGGACGGAAAGGGAAACUGAAAAAUGCCAUCACAUGGGGGACGAGGCCCAGCCUGGCUGGGCCGGAGCCCAGAAGUGCCACCUCAUCAUCAUGCCAGUGUCCCACCCAGCGUCACACCACCCCACACCGGGACGUACCCCUUGGCCACCUUUGCCGGACAACUUCUUAGAGGAGAUUUCAUUUAUUUGUACAUCUUUUGCACUUUCCUAUUGAAGACUUGAACGAGUCUGUCUUGAUAUAAAAGUUGAGUGACGCAUGGAGGGGUCUAACCUGCAGCACUCACGUCUCUCUGUCAACGGGCUCCAGGCUUCAAGGGAAGAUCCUAGAAACGCUGCUGCUGGCCCGGGGACUCAGCCCGCCUGGGGAGCCCUUUGGGUGCCCCCGCCCACCCCAUCCCGUCCAUGUGGCCUGACUGCCCGUGUUCUGGCCCCCCUGCCCCUCGGGGGUCCCCAGUGCUGGAUGGGUCAGGACUGAGGAGUGGCUGCCCAGCCCCCAGGGUAGAGACCUCAGCUGGUGCCCGGGGCUGGGGUAUCUUCCACCCCCUUCCUGCCGGGGCUGGAGACCACCAGGUAUGUGCUAUCUCUGUGGGGGAGGGGAGCCUGUCAGCAGGUGUCUGUCCCUGGCCCAGCAUGUCUUGCAGGCCCUGGACUGUGUUAGCAGAGCGGAUGGCUGUCGUGCUACGUGGCAGGCCACACGCAGCCUGUGCUCCCAGGAGGAGGGGAGGAGCGGAGCCCGCGCACGUAGCGUAGGGGCUGAGAGCCUGUCUCAGCCUCUGCGGGAAGGGGCUUGCCCUCUGUUGCGGUGUGGUAGCAUUCUAGCAGGGCAGGUCACUGUGGCACUGAGGGUGCCCCUGGAGACCCUGGUCCUGCCCCGUGCCCUGGGAGGCCCGUCACAUCCCGCUCUCGGUACACACUCCCCAUUCAGUCUCAUGGCCACAGAUGCAAGGAAGCUGGGCCACCCCUUGGGUCCCGGACUUACGCCUGUCCCCCUGUCCGUGGAGAGGCCCCGAUAUGGUCACUUGCCACCCGGCCCGGGGCCACAGCUGCCCCCACUGUGUUGUCGGAGGGCCUGGGGAAAGCUGGGCUCGGAGGCGGGGGACUGGACCUGAUGGCUGUCCAGCCGUCUCUGCUGGAGCAUCCAGGCUUCCUGCCUCGUCUUCUCUGGGGAACCCCCACCGGCCCCCCUCCCGCGCUCAGCCAGUGGUCUCCCGUGAGGGCCCUGCUGGGUGGGGGGAGUGGGCCAGGCUCUGGGCUUGUCUGUGUCCGGUGCUUCCUCUGUCUGGCUCAGCCUGGAAGGGUUUUCCCAGCCUUGGGCAAGGGGCUUCCUGGGGAAGUGUCCUGGCUACAGAAUCCAGGAGGGGCCAAGAUUUGGGGGUCUGUCUGGGGGCCUCUUGGGCAAUCAGCCAGCCCUCAUUGGGCCCCGGGUGCUCUCUGUGAACCCCUUGAGGGCUGGAGCCCAGAGCUUUUUCCAUCUUGGUGUCCCCUCGCUUCAGUCUCAGAACCUCCCAGGCCGAGUCAGCCCCGGCACCGUGGCGGGGGGGGGGGGGCGGGGAGCGCGGUGGUGACACCCUGAAGGCGGCACGCAGCUUUCCUGAUGUGCCUGCUGCAGCGCUGGCCUCGCCUUCUGGGAAGGGCAGGGUUGCCCCAGUCCACUGGGGUUCCUGUGGGUGCCACGCGCACAGGCUCCUGGCUCAGGCCUCCGGCGAGGUGACCACAUGAGCCCCCUCCCAACCCAGAGCCCUGUGACACUCCCUCCCAGACCUCCAGUCAGCCCUGGGGCUGGCCUCACUAGGCACAGUGCUGGCCCCCCACCUUGGCCACAGUGGGUGGGUCUUGAGUGUCCAGCCAGGAGGCCCAUGGUGGUGGCAGGGCAGGGGCCCGCAUCUCCACUGCCUUGCCCCAAGGGCUGGUGGUCCCCCUGCUGUCAGCCCUUCCUCCCCAGGAAGCCUCCCUCUGUCCCCCCAUCUGUGCUUCCAUGCCAGGCCUCCCCCUCCUCUACUCGGCCGGAGCUGGGUGUGUGCAAUGGCCAGGUCUGGGAAGGGCUCAGCUCUGCACAGUCAGCACCUGGAGGCCCGGGAGGGGGGCUUCGGGCAGUUGGGGAGGGUGUUUCUGGUCGGCUGGUUUGGGAGAGGAAAAUGGAUCUCAGACUGUUUUCUUCUUAGUUUAUCAGUUAACCUCCUGCCACAAGGGGUGGUGGGGGAGAGGGGCAUCCACGGGCUUUGGCAUCUCCCAGCUGGGUUUGGUUUUUGCUGCUGACAGAACGAGGGGCUUUGUGUACAAGCAGAAUCCUACAGCGUCAGCCCGCAUUUUUGUUUCCAGCCACCCUAUUAUUUAAACCAGUGCUGAGUAGGCUUUCUGUCGAACCACCUUUGGGCCUCAGUUUCAGAACGCAUUGCCUGCUAGGCUCCCAGGUGACAAGAGGCGCGUGGGCUGGACUGACCGUGUCCGGAGGGCCCCCCUCUCGCACAUACCUGCCCCGCAAGUGCAGUCCCUGUGAGGAGACCCUCUCUGCAAGCCCCCUUCAGAAGCUCCUUGGCUUCCUGCAAGUUACAACCAAGGUCCUGCUGAUACCCACACCUGGUGCAGGUGCCUGCCCUCCUGCUCUCCGGGGGGUCCCUUUCCGGGGUCCUCUGGGGCCUCCCCAGCCCGGACUGGCUGGUCGAGUCCUGCCCCCGUGACCCUGUAGCUCUUGCUCCCAAGUGUCGGGGCCCAGGGCUCUUGAGGGCCCGGGAGGGUCAUGGAGAGGGUGGGCUCAGGGACAGCAGUGCCUCCAGCGCCUGGGCAGGGGGCGGGGCUUGGUUGGGAGGCGGGGCUGUGAGGUCUUGGCCUGGCCUCGGCCUCCGGUCCCCCUGCCGCGCCUGCGGCUGUCCCCCGGCCACCGUGGUCUCCAGCGAGGAAGCUGGCUCCCGCCCCAUUUUCUAUUUCCGCAAGUUUACAGGUCGUGGUGCAUCAGCCCAAAGUCAUUGGCGUUGUGUUUUGGGUUUUUUUUUAGUUUUCAGAUUUUUUUUAAACAAAAGUAUUUUUUUAGGUGCGAUAACCCAGAAAGGGCCCGUUGGGUGUGUGUGUGUGUCCUGAACCCCUGACGUGGAGCUGGGGGCCCCCAGCCCCCCUCAGCUCCUGUGUGCUGGAGGUGAGGGAAGGGUCCUGCCCCCUGUGCGUUGGAGCGUGGGGGGGGGAGGGAGGGGGCAGACCCCCACCCAGGUUGGCAUCUGGCCCAGCGAAGGAGGCCGGGCCCCUGGCCCUGGUUAUAGCCCCAGGCCAGCAAAGGGGCCAGGGGCUUUUGGGGUGAGUUGGGAGGGUCCCAGCUAGGGGGCUGGAGCCAGAAGCUGAGCCCCCAGGAGUGGCGACCUGUCCCGUCCUUGGCAGGACACGUGGGCGGCUGGACAGGGUCUGCAGCCGACACAAUCCCCUUUACUUUGUACUCUGUGUGUGUGUCUUGGUUUUCUGUGUUUUAAUAAAUCCUU